AUGGUAGUUAAAGAUGGUGGACUGGCAUGCGUAUUACUGAUUUACGAGGGCUUAGAGGGAAACGAACUAUCAGCCGUGUACGCUCUACAAAGCAGUAGACGACUCAAGUCACUUCAGACCAUGGAAGAUCGUCGUUUAAACUUGUUGAAUCAACAGCUCUCUAAAGAACAGGAGAAGGCAUCUAGACAGAUAGAACUUCGCAGGACCCAGUUUCAAAGACGUUUCUCACAACACGAUUUGUCUCAUCAGAACUUGAGGGAAGUGGCCCAUGUGAGUACGGAAAGAACAUCUAGGAUCAAGCGACACCGGAGCGUGCCUGGUACUAAACGUCGAAACUCACUGGGGGAAGCAUCACAAGAAAACACAACUGUGUCUCUGCAUCCACACUUCUGGUUGCGGCUUCGUUCCUUGGGUAUUAUGGAUGACGGACAAAUUCCGGUUCCAAACAUAACUCACAAAAGUUCAUUACAAUGUAUGCGUUGCCCGAAGGAUGUUGACUUUACGGAACGCUCGGAUUCUGGAUUACAGUCACCCCCCAUUCAGUGCCCAGUUAAUUCACCGGCCCCAACUAUGGACGCUAUAGGAUCUCCAGCGGCGAUUUAUAUGGCUGGUGGAAGUAAAGUUACUUUCGACUUUGAAAACAAACAGUCGGGUAGAAAAACAGGAUCCCAUUUGGAAAUCAGUGCAGAAGCACCAAGGAAGGAGACCAAACCAACUUGGUUGAUGGCUUUGCAGAGGCUGCGUGAACAGAAAAUGCUCAAGAAGCAUUUAGAACAACAAGGAAGGGAAUUCGGAGCUCGUGUUUGCGGGUGCAACUUUUCCAGCGGCACUAUCCUUGAAGGAACUGUCCUUAAACAAAGAAGUUGGCUGAACAGAAGACGACGUAGAUCCAUUACAACCAAGCUGUGCUCCAACCUUCAACAGGACGUGUCGACCAUUCGCCUUCCGACGGAUUGUGGAAGAGGGGAACGAAGAACAGUAGCUUAUAUUGACACUAAAGCUGGCUUAGACUCCGCGGACUAUCGAGUUGUGUCUGUGGAGCAGGUUACCCCCAUAAGUUCUUUAUCCUCCUCAAUGCGCUGUACGCUAACUGCCGUAAAAGAGCUUGGUAAAGUCUAUUUAGAAAAUGUUGAGGUUUUGAGGCGGGGACUACGGUCCAUGUCACACAGACUGAUCGCCGAGGCGGUAGAAAUCACCAAGCAUCCCAACGUUAACAGAAUGCAAGGCGUGGAACUGGCUAGCGUGUGGAGAACGGUCUUGGAUCGCUCGAGCUGA